UGUUUUAAGAUUAAGAAAAGAAAAACCAAAAUGAAGCCGCUGCCCUGCUGUUUACACUUUACAGUCCCGUGGCUGCUGCUUCUCUUCCUCCUCACUCCUUCUGCGCUCUUCUACAUUUCAAAAUUUCAAUUGACCAUAACAUUCUCAAGGCAACGAAAUCGUGUAAGGUCAGAGGCUUUGGAUUCGUCCCGAAGCCCUCUUAGAUUUGACACCAUACACGCACGUUGAACCAAGCAUACACACUCACAGAUAUCGAAACCGGGAAGUUUGGACGUUUUCCGACGAUUUUUCGCCGCUUCCGGCCAAUAUCGCCCGAGAGCUAAAAACACUCCUCUCUUCACGGGCUUUCAGAAUAUAUUCGUGGUGGUUGAGUUGAUCUUGAGCUUGGAUGAGCUAAAUGGACUAAUUGGAGACAUAAUUGAGACCUUGGCAUGUGUUCAAAUUCUCUUACGGUGAACCAAAUUCGAUUGCUUCGGAUAUGUUCGUGUUCGUAUUUUUUGAGCUCUUCCAGAUCGACGAAGGGCAAGGCUCCUCGAUAUUGAGCAAGCGUUGGUAACUGGAGCUGGGCUUAUAGAAGUUAACAAGCAACUGAGACAGAGGAUGGUGAUGCUAUCGCCGGAGGAGAUAUCAGACCUGCGGCGAUCGUGGAGUAGGAAAACCUGAAUGUUGGAGAAGAAGGCGUGACAUCUGAAUCAGCCACAAAUGUGACCACCUGCUCCAGCCGUGCUCUCUCUUGAAAAUGACUGCUACGACUUCUUUUUUCUCAAACUGGGGGGUAGGAAGAAAUGGUGAAAAUAAGGAAAGAGAAGAUCAAGAUCAGGAGGAUCGACUACUUGCCGGCAAGGCAGGUGACCUUCUCAAAGAGGAGAAGAGGGAUUUUCAAGAAAGCUGAAGAGCUGUCGAUUCUGUGUGAAUCUGAAGUUGCUGUUAUCAUCUUUUCUCAAACUGGCAAGCUCUUUGAUUUCUCAAGCUCCAGUACCAAGGAUGUGAUUGCAAGGUACAAAUCACAUAUUGGGGAAAAAUCGAAUCAACCGAUGCUUGAUCAGCUGCAGUUGGAGAAAGAAAACACGAUCAGGCUCAGUAAGGAACUUGAGGAUAAGACCCGCAAGCUGAGGCAGUUGAAGGGCGAGGACCUUCAUGACUUGGACCUGGAUGAACUGCAGAAGUUAGAAAAAUUGGUGGAAGCAAGCCAUGGCCGUGUGAAGGAAACUAAGGAAAAAAAGAUUAUGAGUGAGAUUAUGGCACUUGCGAAAAAGGGAGAUGAGCUUGUAGAAGCUAACAACCAGCUAAAGCAGAGGAUGGUGAUGUUAUCUGCCCGAGGAGAUAUCGGACCGACGGCGAUCAAGGAGUUGGAAAACCUGAAUAAUGGUGGAGAAGAAGGCGUGACAUCUGAAUCAGCUACAAAUGUCACCAUCUGCUCCAACAGUCCUCUUUCUCUUGAAGAUGACUGCUCCGACAUCUUGUCUCUCAAACUGGGGCUACCAUAGGAAGUUGCACUUCCUUAUAAUUUUUAAAUAAAGUCGAGUUAUUGUAAGAUAUGAGUGAUUUGUGUGUCUAAACUCGGAAACAAAUUGGAAGGCUUUUUUUUUUUUUUGGCCGCGGGCGCCCCUGCCCCCCCGGGGGGUGGGGGUGGGUGUAGGGGGUGAGUGUUGUGACUGUGUUAGAUGUAAAACUAUAUUUGUAUUGGUCGAAUAUAAAUUGUAUAGUAUCUAAAGCUUUAUAUAAAUGCAGGCCUAUGAAUCUCUAGUUCAGUUCUA